GUCACCUCCCGCGCUCUCCUUACGCCUUCGCGGGCGCUCUAGGCGCGGCGGUUGAAUGUGGGUCGGAGCGGAGAUGGCCGGCUCUGCUGCCUCUCCGGAGCUCUCCCUGGCGCCCCUGAUCCGGAAACUCCGUCAUCAGCUGGCUGAGAUUCGAGAACGAGCUCUUAAGAACAUUUUGUGUAAAAUAGACCACUGCUUGGUUGCAUAUGCUGAUCUGGUACAAGAAAAAUUGCUAUUUCUCAAUCUUUUAGAGUGGUUCAACUUUCCUGUAGUGCCAAUGAAAGAAGAAGUCUUAAAUUUAAUAAGCAACUUGGUAAAGCACCCAUUGGCUGUGGAGCAGUUCGUUGGGAUUGGGGGAGUGGAGUUUUUCUCCCAACUGCGUCCAAAUGUGGACCCAAAUCUACAGGAUGUGAUUGAUAGGAUUCUGGAUGGGCUGUUUGUGCUACCUUCAGAAAUGUCUUCUGAUUAUCAUGCAGUGCCACAUCAAGCCCAGCCCUGCUCAACAUUGGGUAAUCCAAUUUUGUCUCAAGAUGCUCAUGUUGGAUACUUCGAACAAAGGAAAAGUCAUCUACAAGAGACAGAAGUCCCACCAAAGCAACAAAGUGUCAAACACGGAGUGAAAUGUCUGAAGUUUUCUACAUUCCCUUGGUUAUCUCUGACCACAACAGAUAGACAUGUUCUUUCAUCAAGUGAAAGUUCAUUGAGAAGUAAGAGUCACAGAUUAAUUUGGAAUACCUGUGAGCUGUUACAAGAUGUUAUCAUGCAAGACUUUCCUGCUGAGAUCUUUCUUCAGAGACCUAAGAUUGUACAGAGUCUCCUGUCUCUAACUACACUGGCUCUUGGGAGAGAUGGACAAUACCGUUUAGCCUUACAGGGUGUCCUAUGUCUGGAACAGUUAUGUGUCUUCUUAAGAAACAGACUGAACUUCCAUAGAGAUCCAAGUUUUCUUUCAAGUGAUACAGGUGCUGUUUCGCAGAAUUCUUCUGUGUCAUACUGUCAAGAUGCCAGAAGACUCUCUCAUUCUCAGAAUCCAUCACCUGGAGGUAGUAGUCCUCGACCAUCUGUGAUAGGACGUACAGGUCAGCGUCCCAGAGGAGAUGGUCAGGAUUGGGAUGCAGCAUCUUCUAGUGGAAGCAGUUCUCAUGUUAAUGUAAAUUCCAGAAUAUCUGUCCAGUCACCUUUGGAUAUUGGCCAUAUUGACCUGCCAGAACUGGAGAGUGAGGACACUUUGGAGUUACAGUUUCUACAGCUUAGUCUUCCUCAGUUCUGUGUAGCUAUUUUGGAAUAUGUUGUGCCUCUUCUAAGAACAGGCAGUAGGAGAGUGACCAUGAAAGUUUUGGAAUUGCUCACUGAAGACCUUCUGCUUAUUGUUGACGCUGUGUCAGAAGAUGUUUGGGAAGACAGCAGUCUCUUUGGAUUGGAACUUAAGGAGAAGCUGCUUGGAAUCCUAGAUUCAUUAGGUGACACCAUUUUGUACCACAAAAAUAAUGCAGAUUCAGAGCAGCCCAAACUGAUAGUGCACCACAGAAUAACGUUUCUCAGCAUUUCACUUUUCACUGUUCGACUGUUGCAAACCCUUCUUCCUGUAGAGAAGGCCAGCAGUGUUUUACCAGAGAGUUUACUGAUUGCCUUAUUUGAAAUUUCUAUCGACAUGCCAUUCUCUUUGGAAUAUCCAAAUAUUCACGAAUCUGUUGUAGCUUAUUUGGAGCAAAUGAAUUCAGAAAAUUACAGUAUUUAUAAACAAGCUGCAGAAGCUGCCUAUUCCAUUGAGUGUUCCUGUAACUUCAUGAUGGAUGUCCGCAAAGAGGGAGAAAAGAAUUUUAUUGAUUUACUGGAGCUAGCAGAACAGGCCUUAAAAAGUCUUCCAUACCAUCAGUACUUUAAUUUUCUUCAGGAAUUCAUCAAUAUUUGCUCAGAUAUUUGGAAGUCUGCCCAAGCGAACCCAGUGCUGCAGGCUGAGAGUCAGAAGGUGCUUCUCCAUCUGUUGUCCCAUCCUAUGUCAAACAUACGAACAGAAAGCUAUCGCUCCUGCCUCAAAUUUGUUAAGGAAUGUUUAGGCAUUCAUAAUGCCAUUAAGCCUAUCUCUUCAGUUAGCUAUGGAAUACAUUUCUUGCUUCAUCCCAAACUUCUCUAUGAAAUCUGUAGUUUUGGCCUUCAAGACUCCCAAAAUGAGGUACGCUCAGCUGCCAUGUUCAUACUGAUGUAUCUUCUUCAGGGACGAUUGAUGAUGACAGUAGUGACCUGGAACAAGUUUAUUGAGGCCCUCUGUCCUGUUGUUCCAGUUCUUCAGGGUUAUGCUGACACAGAAGAACGUCUGGGGAACUGUAUCCUCACACUGAGUGAAACAACUGCUGAAAAAGAAGGGAUCCUGCCAAGAACUGCUAGACUCAGGGCUGCACUGCGCCUUCUCUUUUCAAGGAAGCCAUUAGUCCGUUCCAUGGCACUCAAACACUUAAUGUUUCAUCUUACGGUUGAAGAAAAGGGGAACCUAAAGCGCCCACUACUCCAUGGCAGUGUCCUUUCCAGCAUUCCUAAUAUACUUAUUGUGGAAAAGCCUAUUGAACUCAAGCUAGGUGAUGCAAGAGAAUCUGUUUUUAAGGCCGAGACAGUUGAAAAGUUAUAUGAGAUCUUUAUUUCUGACACAAUUGAUCUAGUUUUGAGAAAGUCUGCUGCUGAACAAUUAGCUGUAAUUAUGCAAGAUUCUAAAAUGCAUGACAUUAUUAAAAAGCUGGGUGCAAUAGACAAAAUACUUGCCUAUUGUGGUGAAUGUAUUGACCAGGAUGGCAAGAUUAUGGAUUGUAUGAUGUUGCCAUGUCUUACCCUCUUACGGAAACUUGUCUAUGCAGAUCCAGUUAAGCGGCUGUCAUUGGCCAAUCAACCUUCUGUCUUGUUUAUGUUAUUUAGAGUUGCCUUGAUAUUUCAAGAUUAUAGUGCUGUUGUGAGUGAAGUAGCAGCGUUACUUUGUCUACUAUUAUUUGAUGAAGCAGCAAGAAAAGAAAUGUGGGCUGAUUCUUUUUCCUGUGAUCCUUAUAACACUCCUCCUUUUAGCUUGCCUGUUGCUAUUGUGAGACGAUAUCAUCUACCUAUCAGAGUCUCUUCCCAUCAUGCUGUGAGUCCAAACUCAGUGGUCUUACCAUUUUCAUGUGAAUUAUGGGCCUCUAAACAUGUGUCGGACAUGCUUAAAAUGGCUUGGAACUUGUCUUGGUUUGGUGGAACUGAUAACCUACUAAAACUCACUAAUUAUGAGAUGGAAACCAAAGAAUUUGUAGACACAUUCAAGCUGUCCUCAGAGGAUCUUAUUACACUGAAGAUAACACACACAACCAGCGGACUGCAAGAUUGUCUUAAUUCCAUCAUUCAAGCAGUGUCCCACAGGGAAGUUAGGGAUGCUGUCACAACAAUGAAUUUUUAUAUUCUGAAUGACAGACUGGUAUUAAUGUGCAGUAGUGGCUCUUGUGGGGCCACUUUGAAGUGCUUGGCUUGGCAAACAGCAUUAAGCAGGUUUCUUCAGGUACUUCCAGCUUCUUCAGAGGAUGAAAAACUCCUAGUUGAUGUUAUAAAUUUUCUAAACAAGCUGCUUAAAGAACAGAAAAGUACAUCGGAAGUAACACACCUAAAAUGGAUCCUGGAUAUAGUCCUGAAGCAUAAUCAAAAGUCUUUACUGGAUCUUGUGGUGCAGCCAGAAUCUCAGAUACAAGAUGAAACAGAUGACCUAAAGAUUCCUGUCAAACAACAAUUGCAGAAAGAAUUAAUUGCUUUCUUUAAUACACUUCUGGUCAGCUUCAUGACUGUUACUGAAAGAAAAGACAUAGAACUUACUGGCUAUUUCCGAACCGAACUGGCACUGAAACUUUUGCAGUAUUUACGAGUAACAGAUGCUCCACACUUCUAUGGCUUACCUUCUUUGGAAAGAACAUUAAGAGGGAUGGUUCAUGUCACUGCACUCCCAGGCUGGAGUUCAUACUCAGUUACAAUGGAGUCAUUCACAAUUUGUAAAAAAUACUUAGCAGGACUUCUUGAAGUCAUCUCAUCUUUUUAUGUUGAAUGGGGAGGAAAUGCCAUGUCUUUCAUGGGGAAAGGUGUCACAAAGAGUGCCAUCCUUUGUUUGCUUCACUUGUCCCAUGAAAUGAUGGCUAAGGCCCCAAAUCUGGACUGGGUAUCUCUAUGGUUCUUGCCAUAUGAUGGCAGGGAAGAGCAGUCUCUUUCUCGACAAGGCUUGGCUUGGUUAAUUCCAUUAUGGGUAGAUAGAGACCCGGAGGUCAAGUUCACUUCACUUGCAAUUGGAUCAGCACUUACAUCAGUUGAAGCAGGUUGCUUUGCUUUAGCUGAAAGCUGCCGGAACAUAUCUGGAGGUUUGUGGGGAACAGUGAUUAACAUCCUUCUGGACAAAUCUGAAUGCAGCAUGGUCAGAAGAGAGGCUGCGUUUAUUCUUCAGAAUCUUUUGGUGAUCCCAUUGUCCAGUGAAGAGGUUAAAGACACCAUUUGGCAGGGUCCUUGUGUGCAUGAUGAAGAAUCUGGUGUAUCUCUGACCGGAAAACCUGCCCUCCUGGCUCUGUUAUAUCACUGCCACUUCUAUGAGCAUUUGAGUGAGAUGGUGAAAGAGUGCUAUCUAGGUCGGUAUACAUUUGAUCUGCAUUGUUCCUUGGGAGACAGCCUGGCAACAGGGAAGAAUAGUCUAAAUGAUCUUGAUGAGUCUAUUUCUUUUUGGAGAAUCCAGACUAACGAGAGUCAAUCUGCAAGUUCCCAUUCAACAUCUGACACUGUGAUCAUUUCAUCAUCACCAUCCUUGGGGUGUGUUUCAGAGGUACCAGCACCUACAUCACCACCUCUAGGUAUUAUUCGUGAUGUGCCUGUUAAUCGAUUCAUGGCUCAAGGUCAGAGUGACACAACCACAACUGCUUCAAGUCUACGUGAUUCCCAGCAGUCUGUCAUUAGUUCUCAUCAGUGUACAGUGGUUACACCCCCUCUCCUGUCAGCUGUUUGCAGUUUACUGGACAACCUGCUGAUUGUCACUCCAAAAGAUACUGGAAUUGCUCUUCAGCGAUCACAUAUACUAACUGCUCUCAGUAGUCUUGUAAAUGCAGGUUUGAUUGAGAGAUGUAUCUUGGAAAUGAAGGCACCUUUGCCUCAGCCAUCUCAUGAGGAAUAUGCAAAAAUUCAGAUUUUGUCUCUACUGCAGUUUAUUUCAUCCUUGUCUCAACUCCUGCAAUCAUGUUUGUUGAUAGAUACUUGUCUUGUGAUGCAAGAUGAGUUACUGAUGCCUCUCUUGGAGAAUACCUUUGUAGUUCUUUCCCUUCACUCUAAGGAUGGCUUAGACUCUGAGCUAUCAGCAGCAGUUCACCAAACUUGGAAAGACCUAUUCAGCUUUUUGGCUAUACUGUUAAGAAAAUGUGGCCAUACCUCUCUACCAUUUGUGGCUGCAGCGCUUGCAAAACACUGGACUUCUGUAAUAGAUACAAUUUGUGAAAGUGUAUGUCUGGCAGCCACACACCCUGACCUGUAUGUAGCCUGCUUACAAUUCCUUGCCAUUCUCUUUUCUGAAGAAGGAAUGAGAGAGCUGUGCAAUAAAGAGGAUGCAUCCUACCACCCAACCAUGGCUUUUCUUUUGGAUGACGAUGUGAAAAGCCAGUUAUCAGUAAUGAAACUCUGUGAACUGAUAAUUCAGAGCUAUGAAGGAAAAUCCUUUGAAGAUGUGUUGAGCCGAGUUGCUGCAAGUACUUUGCUUCCCCUUUUGGCUGUCAGUAAAACUGCCCAGAAAUGUGCUUUGGAAGCUAACCUUGUAGAAACUUGCUUGGAACAGAUGAAACACAUUCAUGCACAACUGAACCUAGAUUCCUUGAGGCCUGGAAAAGCAGUCCAAAGAAAAAAAGAUGAUAACCUCAGCAAAGAAUUAAAACUCAUCAUGCAGCUCCUAAGAAAUUGCUUCUUUCGAAAUGAAGCCUGUAAAGCAGCAGCCCUUGGAACUCACCUUGUUUUUGUUUUGCAUUCUCUAUGGCCAUGGCUUUUAAUGGAUGACUCACUGAUGCAAACAACUCUGCAUUUGCUUUGUGUCUACUCUGCAAACUUUCCUCCAGGCUGUGGUUCUCUUUGUACAGCAAGUAGUGGAUUGUCUCCCCUUCAGACAGCUCAAAGAACAGCAGCUGGAAACUCACUAAUGCACAGCAUUGUGAAGUUAGCUUCUCAAACUCUAACUGAGAACUGUGUCAUUCAGCAGAUGACCUUUAAUCUGCUGGCUAACCUAGUUGUGUCUCAUGACUGUAAGAAUAUUCUUCAAAAGCAAGGCAGUGGAUGGGACAAGGCACUUCCACUGUCUGUUCUUUUCCAUCAACAAACAGAUCAGAAAUGUGAACCAGUUAUCUUCUGCCCUUCUGUCUUGAAUAACUUUUUACAGAACUUUUUAUCACUGUCAUUGCCAAAAGGAGGUAAUAAAAGCCUUAGUGCACUAUCUGUUGCUUGGCUAAAACUGCUUUUGAAUUUGUCAUUUGGAGAAGAUGGACAGCAAAUGAUUAUGAAGCUGAAUGGUAGUUUAGAUCAGCUUAUAGAGAUGGCCAAGUACAAACACCGAAGUAAUCCAUAUAUGAUCCUUCUGAUUUUGCACAACACUUGCUUUAGUCCAGCCAAUAAACCUAGGAUACUAGCAAAUGAUAAAGCAGUUGCAUUGCUAUCUGCCUGUCUGGAAAGCGAUAGCCCUGUAUCUCAAAGAAUAGGAGCAUCUGCACUUUGGGCUUUGCUUCACAAUUACCAGAAGGCAAAAGUGACUUUGAAGAAUUCAUCAAUAAAAAGAAGAAUAGACGAAGCUUGCAUUUCAGUGAAGAAAACUCUUCAAAUGGGACAAGAAAGCCAGCAGGAUGUCUACCACUUAAAAUGUCUGGAAAAUCUUGUUCAGCUUCUCAGCAGUUAACACAUCCUAUCUGAUGAAUGUUCUGUGUCAUAAGAUUGGUUUCACUAAAAGACACCAGAACCCAAAUGGAAAUUUAAACCUAAUUUGUUGAAAAAUCCACUAGUGAGAAAAAGUGCUAAUCCUUUUGCAUAACGAUCCAAAGAAGGAUUUUUAAUCCUGUGCCAAAGAAUGUACAGUUAACAUGUUUGUUUCUCUGGAAACGUUCUAAUUCUAGUAUCGUCAUAAGUGACAGAUGGAAGAACAGAAUGGAAAGUAUAACUUUUAAUGAUGUAAAUUGUAAUUAUGUAAAAAAAUUAAUCUCAAUGUAUGAGUUUAUAUAAAUAAAGAUG